AUGGAAAACAAGACACCGGAUUCUAUUACAAUUUCACCAAGAGCAAUCUUUGAAAUCAUCAAAGACAUUCAAUCAGGCCGCAGUGGUUCUGAUGCUCAAGGAUAUCUCUACGGUCUUCCAGAAAAUCCAAUUGAAGUCACAUCCGCUUUCCCAGCAUAUUCUUUGAAGGCAGAGCCAUCAGAAACAGCCGAUGAUAUAGUCAAAGAGGAAUACAGGAAUUCAAUCAAAAACUUCCAAAAAACACAUUUGGAAGAACUCAAAGCUUUAAACUGCGAUUAUGAACACGUCGGACGCUACACAUCACGUAACGUUGGUGGUCGUAUUCACUUCCGUGAUUUGAACCGCCAAUGGGAAGAACAAGUUGAAACAUCAUCAGAUCUUUUCACACUUGUCGUUACAAUUAACGGUUCAUCACUCAGCACAAGAGCCUUCCGUGUUUCAGAGGAAGCCUGCGAGUUCAUGAAAGAACACGACAUCAACGAAAUCGGAUAUAUCGAUCCAGUUUUCUUCUACGACAGAUUUGUCCAAGAAUUACAGGUCACGUUCGCUUUGACAAAGCUUGAUGAGGCUCUUAUUCAAGAAAUGCUUAGCCGCUUCAACCUCAUUUCUGAUGUCUUCAUUCUCCGUGAUAUGAAUGCUAUGCAAGAUCAGAUGAUUCAGAUUUACGAUUCUCUUGAUAAGAUUAAAGACGAAGUCACCAAAGCUACAGCUGAUAAGUUCAAGAUUGAAGAAAACCGUGCUGCAAGAAAGCAAUGGGUUGACGAAAGAAAGGAAAAGAAUCUCAGCCGUAUCGCCCACAAGUUAGAACCACUUCCACUCGAAGAUGUUGAUAAGGAAAUUCCUAAGCUCGAUCAGUCAAGAAAACGUGAUGCUAUUGACAAUAUUUACGAUUUCAAGGCUCGUGCUGAUGCUAUCUUAGCAGAGCUUAAGGAUGAAGAGAAGAAGAUCGAUACACUUAGCUCACUAUCCGCUCAGACUGAAAAGAAAUAA